AUGGAUCCAGAUGACUUCCAGAUGCGGGAUAGGUAUCAUAGGGCUAAUCCAGACGAGUCCAGACUAGAAACUAAUGGUGUCAAAGAGGUCACCUUCAUCAUGAGCAUCACCUAUGCAGCUGAGAUGAAGAAACCUGCAAGCAAAUAUACAUUGAGGAACCAAACCUGUCCACUGAAUCUUGAUGAGCCUCAGGACACCAUGAAAGCACAGUUUUCUAUCAGAAUCUCACAUGCACUGAACCCUCAACUUCUUAGCCAUGAGGAUUACAAGGUCUCCUGGCUUAUUCCAUGUGUCCUCUCCAAACCUGUCCUAUCCCUCCUUAACAAGAAAGAUUUCAAUGUUUUGGUGAAGUAA